AUGGGCUGCCAUCACUCGAAAAUGAACGAUGUCGUUGGAGGGGCGGUCGUGCCGUCCCCGAUCGAAAGUGGUAAGACCUCAAUGGACAUUGUCGUUACGGAGCUCGUCGCGGAUGAGUUGAGCAAGAGCGUCCCACUCGUAGAGGAGCACAACACUAUCGUAAAUAAGGAACAAGAGAUCGUGGCUAUUACAUCUCCAGUAGCAGCUCCAGCUCCCGAAGAGCAAACGACGAAAGCAAAACAACCGCUGAAAAGUACAGUGGUCGUUCCAGAACCUCUCGAGGUCAUGAACGAGUCGCUCGAUGUGAACGCACAAGUGGCAAUAUAUAUGGCUCCUGUGGCUCAAGAAGAGGCCAAAGAAACACUCGUGGUUGAAGAAGAGGCCAAAGAAGUACGCGUUGAGUCAGAGCCAAAAGCGGAUGACGAUAAGGUACCACAGGAAGAAGAGACAGUGGUGCGGGAAAAGUCCAUCGUGGCGAGCACAAGAGCUCCUACUGUCUGGACUUUUGUCGCCGAGACCAUCUCCUUCACUGUCGGUGUCGCGUACUACAACAUCUCGGGAUCGAAUACCAAGGGCGAAGAAGUGCUUCUGACGAAAAGGUACUCGGAGUUCAAGGUCCUGCACGCUGAGAUGGCCAAGCUCAUGACCACGAACGAGCUGCCACGUCUGCCCGGUGCGUCGUUCCUGCAGGGACGCAAUGACCAGACUCUCUUACAACACCGUGAGGCGGCGUUCGUGAAGAUGCUCAACGCUAUUGCACAGCACCCAGACGGCUCGAUGAGCAUUCUAUUCACCGCGUUUUUGGCUUAA